AUGUCAGCAGCGAAAAGAACCAUAGACUCGUUUUUCAAACCGCCAGCAAAAAAGCUUCGAGUAUCAGAAUCGGCGACUCUAGAAGAGAAGCCAGUAGAUGAAGAGCCGGAACGCGAAUUUACGCGUCACUCAACAUACCCAUUUCCAAUACCGUGUUUUCCCUCAUCUAUAUCUUUGGAGCUGUCAUCUCUCCCAUCCACGAUUGGCAAAGAGAUAAAUAAUCAAGCGGAUUUAGAUCUUCUUUACUUCGAGCCUUAUAUUCCUAAAUAUCUCGAGCGUCAGGUGUUCCAAUUUCUUCGUUUAGAGUUGCCUUUCUAUCGUGUGGAAUAUGAUAUCAAUAGAGGGGGUAUAUCAACACAUAUCAAAACUCCAAGAUGGACCACAGUUUUUGGUCUCGAUGAGACAUCCAAGUUCAAUGAUAUUGGGGAAGUCAUCGAUGUCAAUAGCAACAAGAAAAUCGAAAAAGAGAGAUAUUAUACCAAAUAUCCCCCUCGACCAAUCCCCAAAUGUUUAGACGAUUUACGACUCUCCACCGAAGCUGCAACGGGUUGCAAGUUCAAUUUCUGUCUCGUCAACUAUUAUGCCUCCGGGUCAGAUUCGAUCUCAUACCAUAGCGACGACGAAAGAUUCUUAGGUCCUCUACCAGCUAUUGCAAGUUUCUCGCUUGGAGCAAGGAGAGAUUUUCUCAUGAAGCACAAACCUAUCCCACCAAAUGAUAAUUCUCCUCCUCCGCCGGAAACAAAACCUGUUAAGCUGCCACUUGCAAGCGGGGACAUGAUAUUGAUGCGAGGGAGAACACAAGCAAAUUGGCUCCAUUCCAUUCCAAAACGAACAGGAAAGAAUGCAGAUGAUGGGGGGAGAAUCAACAUUACCUUCAGACGUGCUAUGACAAAAGGUGGGACGGAAAACUACUACAAUUAUAACGUCGGCACUGGAACUAUGUAUAAAUGGGAUAACAUCCUGAAAGAAAUGAGAAUAUGGAAAAAAUCAUAA